AUGUGCGGAGCCUUCUUGAUCCCCUACUUCCUCAUGCUCAUCUUCUGCGGAAUUCCCCUCUUCUUGGUGGAACUCUCCUUCAGCCAGUUUGCAAGUCAGGGCUGCCUGGGGGUCUGGAGGAUCAGUCCCAUGUUCAAAGGUGUGCGCUAAGGCAGGAUGGUGGUGUCCACAUACAUGGGAAUGUACUACUGCAUGGUCGUCUGCAUUGCCUCCUGCUGCAGUAGCCGUUGGAACCUGCCCGACCGCGUGAGCGUGCUGGAUGACCCCAACCUCACUGAGAGUCUGCAACCCCCUGCCCAGCUCGGCAAUGUCUCUCAGGCGCUCAACCUGAGCCUCCAGAGGGCAAGCCCCAGCGAGGAGUACUGGAGGCUCUACGUGCUGAAGCUGUCGGAUGGCAUUGGAAACUUCGGGGAGGUGCAGGUGCACCUCCUCAGCUGCCUGCUUGUCUCCUGGGUGGUCGUCUUCCUCUGCCUCACGCCAGGGGUCAGGUCUUCAGGGAGAGUGGCGUACUUUACGGCCACAUUCCGCUACAUGGUGCUGACCAUCCUGUUCGUCUGUGGCGUGACCCUGGAAGGAGCCUCCAAGGGCAUCAAGUACUGCCUGACCCCACAGUGGGACAAGAUCCUGGAGGCCAAGGUAUGGGGGAACGCCGCCUCCCAGAUCUUCUACUCACUGGGCUGCGCGUGGGGUCUCAUCACCAUGGCUUCCUACAACAAGUUCCACAACAACUGUUACCGCUGAGAAGACAGUGUCAUCAUCAGCGUCACUAACUGUGCCACCAGCGUCUAUGCCGGCUUCAUCAUCUUCUCCAUCCUGGGCUUCAUGGCUAAUCACCUGGGUGAGGACGUGUCCCACGUGGCAGACCAGGGCCCGGGCCUGACACUCAUGGCAUACCCAGAGGCCCUCACACUGCUGCCCGUUGCCCCACUCUGGUCCUUGCUCUUCUUCUUCACGCUCAUCUUGAUGGAGCUGGGCACUCAGUUUCACCUCCUAGAGAUGCUGGUCACAGCCAUUGUGGAUGAGGUAGGGACUGAGUGGAUCCUGCAGAGAAAGAUAUAUGUGACCUUGGCCGUGGCUGUGGCUGGCUUCCUCCUGUUUAUUCUCAUCUUCCUGGUGGUCCAGUACCAGCUGAUCACCUACAACCAAUACAGAUAUUCAAGCGAGGCUGAGGCCAUUGGCUUCCUUAUGGCUCUGUCCUCUGUUAGCUACACUCCAUUCUACGCCCUGUUCCACUUGCGCAGAACAGAUGGGGACACCCUCCUCCAGCACUUGAAAAACUCAACCAGGCCAAGCAGAGACUGGGGUCCCGCCCUCCUGGAGCACCGAACAGGGCGCUACGCCCCCACCAUUCCACCCUCCCCCGAAGAUGGGCCUGAGCUCCAGCAGCUGCACCAGGACAAGGCCCAGACUCCCAUUGGGGGCAGUAAUGGGAGGACAUUACUGCCAUCUGCAGGACACACAGAUGUGAGCAUGCUGCUGGGGGGAGUGCCCCACCCCACCCUGUGCUCCCAACACAGAGACUGGGGAGACAGUGGAUGGGUGUCACUGCCUGCGCCCACCAUGCCCUGGCUGGGGGUGGCCCCUGUCACCUUGGCCACCACUGCUAGCACAGUCAUUGUUCACGGCCAACCAGUCUCUGGAGCCAAAUUCCUUCCCCCAAGCCCCGCAGUGUCCGUGUGUCCGUCCUCCGUGCUCCUCUGUUCAGUGACAGCCCCGGAAGAGCCGCCUGUAAUCCUCUGUAGCAGUGACGGUAUGCUGCCCAUGCCCAACUGUCUGCAUUCCACUAGGCUUUUGAAGUUCAUAGGUUUUAAUGAAAUUUCUAUUCUAGUUUCUGAGCUGCUGCUGUGCUUUGUCUGGGUCCCCCAGGGGGAUAUGAGUCAGGGCUGGGACAAGACCUCCUCCUGCCAGGCCUUUGGGGGGGGUGCCUGGGAGGAGAAAGGCCAGAGGCUGUGACAGUCAGGACCAGACACUGAGGACCUGGUGAGAAGGUAGGGUGGGGGCCACACAGACAGACAGGCAGAC